AAGAUUUUGCAUUUCCGGACUCUCCGAUGGGGAGGAGGGCUGUUUUGUUUCCUACCAGUCCUCCCCCCUGUCGGCUCAGUCACACUGCUCUGAAUGGCUGUGCAAAGCAGUGUGCUUAUGAAGAAGCACCUACACACCGCCCCCCAGUAAAACACUCCCAGCACACAAUUAACCCUUUGAUCGCCCCUCCUGUUAACCCCUUCCUGCCCAGUGCCAUUAGUACAGUGUCAGUGCUUUUUUUUUUAGCACUGAUCACUAUAUUGGUGUUACAGGGGAUGUCAGUGACACCAAGUCAGUUCCCCCCAGUGUCAGAAUGCCUUCUGCAGUCCCGCUAU